ACAGACUUUACUGAACGCCUCUUCCUGGUAUAUGGAGAUGUUAAAACAGUCAGACUUCUUCGGAGCUGUAUCAAAGAGCGUGCUGAUUCUGAAAGGCCCUUUGAUGCUUACAACUGGCUACAUCCAGUCCCAGCCCUUUGGCAUACACGCUUGAAUUUCCUUUAUCUGAUUACCCGCGAGUUUUAUGGCAUUGAAAGCUGCAAUUUCCUUUCAUCGACUCUUUGUCACAGCGCAACCUUCCUUAACCGACGUGGCUUUUCUCGCGAGAAUGCCUCAUUCAAGAUCAUGGAAGAAGUGAUUAUACAUAGCUUUUAUGCUAGAGUUAUUUGCUUCGUGAUUGAACACGUUACAGGCAGCUUCUAUCCCCCUAACAUUGAACAACUUUCAACACGCCUAGGAGGUCUAUCACCAGCUCAAUUCCAGUCCUGUCUUGAUGCAGUUUACCAACAGCUCUUCAGUGCUGACGCCCGGGCCCAGUCCCAAGACCUUCCUUACGAAGCAGAGAUGCAGACACUCCGGAACUGGCUUUCGCCUACAGCAUACAAGACCAUUUCGGAAACAAUCCCACCCAAGACUUUCAAAAAGUAUGCAGGAUCCUCACUUCCACAAAAGAGACUCGGCGAGAUCGAGCGUAUAAACCAUCUUCGAUUUAUUUCAAUCGUCGAGGCCUACCUAACCCUCCGAUAUGCAAUCAAGUUUGGUGAUAUUGGUCAACUCCGACGGGCACUUGCACAGUAUGCCAUUAUCUUUGCAGGAGCUAAGCGAGACUAAUACCGAUAUGAGAUGCUUCUCCUCUUUACCCAAACAUGUACUCGAGCCUCCGACAAGGAUUUACAAGAUGCUAUCCUAGCAGGGGGCUUGAUUAACAAUCAGGAGAGGAGUCUAAACUCGUGGCAUGAGUUUGAUCUUGACGUGGAGCAUUUGAAUCGGAAUAUCAAAGACUACCUAU